GAGACGGCGACAGUCAUUUGUAGUGGAGUGAAUUUUUGUUCUUGUGUGUUUUAUAUUUUCGCUUUUAUUAAAUAGUUUUGAACUGCAAAAUAUCAUUUUUUGUACAAAUUUCAUUUCGGAAUAUGCAAUGGACGUGCUGUUUGACAUUUAUAAAAGCAAUAUUUAUUAAACCUCCAUAAAGUCCAAAAGAGCCUGACACAGAUAUAUAGCGAGCAUAUUUGCAAACAACAACAACAACAACAAAAAUCAUAUAUUUACUAUUUAAAGAAAUACUAAACCAAUUAUUUUGCAGGCAGACAAAAGAUCGAUACAAUCGUCGUUGGGCAGAAAAGGAAUUCGACAAGCGGCUUGGUGGUGAAAUAGAAAGCAGCGAACUACACUAUUUCCAUACUCCCACAAGUCACCAACACCCCCCUCUCUCCCUCCAGAUGUGUUGUUAGUCAUUUUUACUAAAAAAGAAGAAGGCUCGAUUGCAUCUGCAGAGAAGGACGGACAACAAUCAACAAAACUAUAUAUUUACAAAAGAGGUUGUAUUAUUUGUUUGGGACGCCAGCAUCACCUCCCCCCCAAUAGUCGUUAAAACUCCAAAACAAACAAGGAUCUAGUAUUCAUUAGUCGAAAAGAAGAAACUUACCAGUAUCAGCAACAUAUUCUCUUUUUUUAUAUAUACAUGUAUAUAACUCAGUUAGUAACUAAAGCUAGAUGUUCGUCGUGUUUCGCCUGUGUGUUUUUGUAAGCAAUAACAGUUUGUAAUUUCUGGCACACUUCGAAGGGAUAUCAAACAGUCCAAGCAGAUUCACGAACAUCAACGUGUGAUCGAAAGCGUGUUUGGGUCCAGUUCUAAUUCGCCGCCUUCAAAAAUUCUGCCGAGAGUGUGCAGGGAGAAAAUUAAGAAGCGAAUCAAUAGCAAAGCAAAAUAGGAGCAAUAUCAACAAAAAUCAUUAUUUAUUGAUUUAUACAUUCUCUACAUACGUAUAUGAUAUGAUAUAAUUUUUACAACAACUUCAUAUUUUAUUGUGAAAAUCUGCAAUCAAUCAUAGACAAAAAAAAUUAGCCAACCAACAACACAAGUAAAUCACCUGUUAACAACAAACUACUUUAUCCAUUAGCUCGUCCUAAACAAGGAAAACAAAGGCUGCUGUCCCUCUAGGAAACAACCACAAAAUAGCAAAAAAAAAACAAAUACUAAAAAUCAAUACAACUACAACAACAACAAAAGAAAAGCUCAGGGGAAUUAACAAAAAACAAAAACAAAAGAAGUUGUAAAAUCAGCAAACCAUACAUUUUUUAGGAUAAAAAAAGGAAAACACAUAGCAUAAGUAGUUCUACGAAAGGCUAAGACAAUUUGCCAACAACAACAGAAAUCCAAAAAAAAGAAGGAAGAAGCAAACGAACGUUUAACACAACGUGGAAGAUAAUAGAUAGCGUUUAGUCAAAAAUCUCAUCUUGAAGCCAUUCAUCCAUCCAUAACACUUUUCUGAGGCCAAUAGUCGUCGCUGCAAAGCCGACAACACAACAGCAACAACACCAACAAACAGUAGAAAACAGCCAUAAUGGACGAAUCACAACCGAAAACGUUGUAUGUAGGGAAUUUGGAUGCAAGCGUAUCGGAAGAUUUAUUGAUUGCCCUAUUUAGUCAAAUGGGUACAGUGAAGAGCUGUAAAAUUAUACGAGAACCCGGUAAUGAUCCCUAUGCAUUCAUUGAAUACACCACAUACCAAGCAGCCACAACAGCCUUAACAGCCAUGAAUAAGCGUCUCUUUCUCGACAAAGAAAUCAAGGUUAAUUGGGCCACCAGUCCCGGUAAUCAGCCUAAAACAGACAUCAGUUCACAUCAUCAUAUCUUUGUGGGCGACCUAAGUCCUGAAAUCGAAACUGAAACCUUGCGUGAAGCAUUUGCUCCCUUUGGAGAGAUCUCUAACUGCCGCAUUGUACGUGAUCCACAGACUAUGAAAUCAAGAGGCUAUGCAUUUGUCUCGUUCGUUAAAAAAGCCGAAGCCGAAAAUGCAAUACAAGCCAUGAAUGGCCAGUGGAUUGGUUCGCGUUCGAUACGCACCAAUUGGUCGACACGUAAAUUGGCACCACCCCGUGAGAACAGCAAAGCGAAUACAGGCGGUGGGGGUGGUGGUAACAUGAAAUCGAAUACCCGACAAACAUUUGAAGAGGUCUACAACCAGUCCAGUCCCAUGAACACUACAGUAUAUUGCGGUGGUUUCCCGCCAAAUGUGAUUACCGAUGAACUUAUGCACAAGCAUUUCAUGCAAUUCGGUCAGAUACAAGACGUGCGCGUUUUCAAAGACAAAGGCUUUGCGUUCAUUAAGUUUCUAACAAAAGAAUCGGCGGCCCGAGCCAUCGAACAUACACACAACUCGGAGGUGCACGGCAGCAAUGUGAAAUGUUUCUGGGGCAAAGAAAAUGGUGGUAUUAAUCCUGCUGUAGUGAACGAUAAUCCAAUGACUAAUAUGGCCGCUGUAUCAGCGGGGGCAGCGGCUGCGGCUGCGGCUGGCGCCAUGAUGGGCCCGGCGGGUAUGCCAACGAUACCACAACAGGCUGCGGCUGCUGCAGCAGCAGCCAAUGCCGCAGCAGCUGCUGGUGGGGCGAUACCCGGCCAAAUGAUGACACAACAACAAUUGGCGGCUGCUGCAGCGGUACAAUAUCCAUAUGCAUAUCAACAAAUGGGCUAUUGGUAUCCGCCAGCUGGUUAUCCUCCAGCACAAAUGCAGACACAAUACAUGCAACAAGGCUAUUAUCCUUAUGCCUAUGCCGCAAGUACGCAACAGGCAGGAGGCAUGGCCACUGGCUACAGAAUGGUCCAGCCAAAUGUGGCUUGGGGGGUGCCCGGAACUGUCGUCCCUGGAGUGACUGCGGCAGCAGCUACAGCAGCAGCAAACGGUUCACUGGGGCCACAAAUGAUGUAUAGUGCUGCAUUGCCACAAUAUCAAACCCAAUGAAGCUUUUAAACUGGCAUGUUUUGUAAACAACAACAACAACAAAAACAUUGUUAAGUUCCAAACAACAAAAACAACAAGAUGAAGAAGACAACGCGCGAUAUAAAUCUAAUGGAAGGAGAAGGAGUGCUACACACACACACACACAUGCCCACUGAUGUUCGUUUGUUUGUGUGUGGUGGUGGGGGCUGCAACAACUACUACUGCUGCUGCUGCUGCUGAUGAUGCUAAUGAAUUAACGUGAUGUAGUAACUAAUUAUUAAGGAUAAUAUAGCGAACAAGACAGCGAGAGAGAUAAGAGAGAAUGCGAAGCGAUGCAAUUCUUCAGUGGCAGUCAAACCAAAACGGAACAACCAUGCUACCACACACUCCUUGGAACACUUUUAAAACAUGAACAUGCAAACUUUUUCCCCGCCCCAACCACUACCCUCCCUUCCGACACAUAUUUUCACACACACACACACACUCACCUGUCCAUCAUACACAAUAAACCAUUGACAUCUGCAUCUAUCUACCUAUCUAUUUGUAUGUGAACGUCUAUGUGUGUGUGCGUGUGUGUGUGCAUUGAUCAACAACUCUUAAAGCCAACAAUCAAUACAAAUAUAUAUACUUUUAUAUAUAUUAUAAUGUAUAUGUGUGAGUGAGUGCUUGAAAUAUGCAAAAUCACUUAACAUAUUAAUCUCUCGCUAUAUUCCUUGAUUGUUUGCGAAUAAUACAUGACAAUACACAUUGAAAGACAAACCACUACCACAACCAUAUAUAUACACACAUCUACAUAUAUUAGAUCACCCGUCCGCCGUAACUACAUAAUUUCAUAACUCCAAGGAGACCGAGUCCACCACAAGCCGCCAUCAUUCUCAAUUUGGGGAGGGAGAGAAGAGAACAAUCAAAAAAAAAUAUGGGACAACUCGACUGUAAUCUAUCUCCAAAUGGUGGAUAUCCAGUCGACAGCUUAACAAAAUCUAACCAAUUUAAUUCAUUCGAAAGAAAACUUCAGCAACUCUUCCUGCCGCGUAUUCCUCCUCCACACACACACACACCCACAUACAUCCACACACACACACUCCAUCAUCCUAAUGUAGAAAUGUUGUCGUAUAUCUUGUAAUAUUCGCUUACAAUCUCAAAACAUAAAAAAAAACCAUAGAAGUUAGGUCGUUGUUAAUUAAAUUAUAUUUAAAAUAAAAACAAGAAUAAUUAUAAUAAAAACAAACAAAAAACAAAACCAAUUUGCAAAAAUAACUUUAUUAUAAAAACAAAACAAGAAAUCCAAACAACAACAAAAAGAAAAAGAAAAACUUAAAUCAUCAAGUGAUUGAUCGUAAUGAUGAGGAGAAAAUUAAAUACAAAAACAAAAUAAAUAUCCUAUCACUUCGUCCUUUGCCCCUGCCCUUGAAAGAAAAAAACAAAAACAAAUUGUCGUUAUCAUCUCAUUUCUUCUUUGCUUAGCAAAUGAAAAAUGAACAUGAGAAAAGCAAAAAAACCAAGAAUACAAUUUAUUAUUAAAAAAAAAACAUAAAUUAUUUUUUCUACAAAACAAACAAACAAAAAAACAAAAUCGUAUUUAUGUAUCGAAAAUAAAAGGAAAUUGUGUGAGGCAACCAAAACACCAAGAAUUCAAUACAAAAACAA